AUGGCAUCCGACCCUUCGACGAUGAGCGUUGAUGAGGUCAAUCAGGCAAUCAUAGAGCAAGGCAAUAAAGUACGCAGUCUCAAAUCUGCCAAAGCUGACAAGGCCCUCAUAACAGCUUCAGUCAAUGAGCUGCUGAGAUUAAAAGAACAUUUGAAAAGUUUGGGUGCUGAUGCAAGUGCUAGUAGUGAUGCCAGUGCUGCUGGUUUCGGCCAGCCAAAUGCUGCAAAACAUGCCAAAACUAGUACAUCUGCUACUCCUGCUGCAACGGAUGCAGAUGACAAAAAGUUUACACUCAAAACUCCAAAGGGAACAAGAGACUUCUUGCCUGAAGAAAUGACAGUCCGUGAAGGAAUGUUUGCCAAAAUCACUGAAAUCUUUCAAAAGCAUGGAGGUGUCACUAUCGAAACACCCGUAUUCGAACUAAAAGAAAUCCUGUCUGGCAAGUAUGGUGAAGAUUCCAAGCUCAUAUACGAUUUACAAGAUCAAGGAGGUGAACUCGCCUCAUUACGAUAUGAUCUUACGGUACCAUUCGCCAGGUACUUGGCCAUGAGAGACGUUUCUCAAAUGAAGAGAUAUUGUAUUGCAAAGGUGUAUCGACGUGACAAUCCAUCUGUGGCUAAAGGUCGUAUGAGGGAAUUCUAUCAAUGUGAUUUCGAUAUUGCAGGAGAAUAUGAAUCACAAGUUCCUGAUGCUGAAGCUAUCAAAAUCAUGGUUGAACUGUUGACUGCCCUAGAUAUUGGUGGUUUCGUAGUCAAAGUCAACAAUCGUAAAUUAUUAGACGGCAUGUUUGCGGUCUGUGGAGUACCACCAGAAAAGUUCCGUACCAUAUCAUCAGCAGUGGACAAACUAGACAAGACACCAUGGAGUGAAGUCAAACAAGAAAUGACGGAAGAAAAGGGUCUACCUGAAGAUGUAGCUGAUCGCAUAGGUACCUAUGUCAAACUCCACGGCUCCAAAGACCUGGUCCAACAACUCAAAUCCGAUACCGCAUUCAUGAGCAAUGCAUCAGCAAAAGCAGGUGUUGAAGAGAUGGAGUUGCUGUUUAAAUAUCUAGAGAUUUUCGGAGUGGUUGACAAAGUCUCGUUUGACUUGUCACUAGCUCGAGGUCUUGAUUAUUACACAGGAGUCAUUUAUGAAGCUGUUUUUACUGCUACGUCAGCCGAUGAAGCCAAAGAGAUUGAAGGAGUGGGAUCUAUUGCUGGUGGUGGUCGAUAUGACAACCUCGUAGGCAUGUUUUCACCAUCUGGUAAAAAGAUACCGUGUGUGGGCAUCUCGAUUGGUGUUGAACGUGUCUUCUCGAUCCUAAUGAAGCGAGUGGAUAAGAGCAAGUUACGAAGCACAAAGACUGAAGUUUAUGUGAUGGCUAUGGGUAAAGAUGGAUUAUUGGAAGAGAGAAUGAGGAUUGCCAAAGAGUUGUGGGAGGCUGGUAUCAAGGCCGAAUAUAUGUACAAGGCCAAACCACGACGAGAUGCCCAAUUCUCUGUCGUAGACCGGGAAAACAUACCAUAUGGUGUCUUUAUUGGCGCCUCAGAAGUAGAGCAAGGGAUUGUCAAAAUCAAGACCAUGUAUACCAAAAUAGAAAGUGAAGGAGACGGCGUGGUGGUCAAUCGUCACGAUAUGGUGGCCGAGUUAAAACGUAGACUGUUGGAAAAGCAUUCUUUAUAA